AUGUCGAUGAGGAAAGGGGAGGACGAGGCGAUAAAAGCCCCAUCGAAAGAGAACAAAGAGGAAUCUUCGGAUGAUUCGACCACCGAGGACGAACCUCCGUCGAAGAAACGGAAGCUGAAACGAGAGAAGACGGAUCCUUCAGCGAAAACCACGGAAUAUGUCGUGCAGAGUUCCAGUCAGUCGUCCUCGGAGGACGAAAGUGCAGCUAGGUCACCGACGAAACCAGUUCAGGAAAAGAUUCCCCACUCCGAGGCAGAAGCUGGAACGGAACCUAGAGCAGAGGAGGAACCCGAUGAAGUGUUUUUCCAACCUCUCGGUGCUGACACCAAGGUCGAGAAAAAGGCAGCCCUCGUGGCCGGUCUUCCGCUCUGGGUGAAACAGGCGGUGCCCGUAUCCGCAAAGGUAGAAGCAUGCGGCAAUCUAGACGAAGAUGUGGACGUCCUUGGCAAAUCCUUGAUUCGUCUACUGCGGGAUGAUGGCAUAACGGGUCUUUUCCCGAUGCAAAAACAGGUGAUAAGAGAACUUCUAGAUCCACGUUACGAUAUUAUGGGCUUGCCGCCGAGAGACAUCUGUGUGGCCGCGCCAACUGGAAGCGGAAAAACGCUAGCCUACGUUUUGCCCCUGAUCAAAUUGUUGAAGGGGCUCUUCGAGAAAGCCAUCAGAGCUGUGAUCCUCCUUCCAACUUCGGAGCUGGCAAAACAGGUCUACGAUGUUUUCACGCGCUACGCAGCGCCUUUCCAGCUAUCCGCAGCUCUACUGACGGGUCUGAAGAGCCAUUCCGAAGAAGUGAAAACAUUGCUCGAGAGAGGGCAUCCGAUAGUAGAUGUUGUCAUCGCGACCCCCAAAACCUUUCUGAAUCACUUGAGAUUGACUCCGGGUUUCAAUUUGAGACUCGUCAGUCAUUUGGUGCUCGACGAAGCGGAUCGCAUGGUCGACAUGGUCAUUCAUGGUCUCAUCCGGGAAGUGGAAAAUGCCAUUUAUGUGGAUGACUCGGCGCGCUGUCGUUGUUCGGAAAUCGGGAAUUUCGAACGUUCCCGACCCACCGCCAUAAGUUGCUGCACCAUGGAUGCUCACAGCCUUCCGUUGCGCAAACUCCUCUACUCAGCGACUCUCAUGUCGGACCCUGAGAAGUUGCGUCACGUAAAUCUCUUCUAUCCCCGAGUGUUCCACGCGAAAGCUGAGCAUGCGAACCGAUCCGACAAAGCCUUCGCCCUCCCCGACUCCCUCGAGGAACGAAAGAUCUUCUGCGAUAUCGAUGUUCGACCUCUUCUGGUGUGGUGGCUCUUCGUUCAUCAGAAAAUGGGUCGCAUGAUUGUGUUCGCGCGAUCCCGUGAGGAGUGUCAUCGACUCCGAAUCGUUAUUGAAUUCAUGGGUAGUUGCAAGGUCGUGGAUCUCAGCGCCGAUAUGAAGAAACGGCAGCGACAGAAAGCGUUGGCCGAUUUCGACGAAGGACUUUGCGACAUGAUCAUUGCCACGCAAGUUCUCUCGCGAGGAAUGGAUCUCAAGAGUGUCGAACAUGUCGUACUCUAUCACGCACCGACUUCCGCAGAGGAUUAUGUCCACAUGGUUGGCAGAACAGCUCGAGCAAACAAGCAAGGGAAAUCGUUGGUGUUGCUAAGUCCCGCUGAGAACGCCAAACUAUCAAAAACUCUGAAAGCGAUAUCCAACAGCAAGGUGAAGGAAUUCCAAUGGGAUCCGUCGAGCUUGAGAGAAUUCUACCAGAACUACGAAGCAGCUCUGGCUUCCGCCAGGAAGGCCAUCCACCCAAAAUUGAAAACUAAGACAUGACGCUCCCAUGGCGAUAGUAUUGUAUUGUGAUGAUUCAUGUAAUAAACGGCUUCCCGGAAAA